UAUGACCUAUGAAGCAAGCAAUUUUAAUGGUUAAUUAAAAACACUCCAUCAUUAUCUACAUGAGUGAAUCCCGUAAAAAGGACAGAAGGCGGUACUUGUUGAUGGUAACUUGCUGAGUUACUAAUAUCCGGAAUUAUACCGUAUUUUGAACGUAUUGAUACGUUGCGUGCUCCUUAGAAUUUAAUUGGUUAUUAAGGUAUAUAAGAUAUAUAUAAAAUCUCUCAGGAAACAUUGAAUUUCAAACCUCUCGAACGUAACAACUCCCCGCAUGUACCGGCCAUCAAACUAGGAAAAGAUAUGAUGAAACAAGUAUUAGUGAUCGCCAUUUUCUGCGCUGUUCUAACAAUUUCUGCUGCUGACAGAAAAAGGUGCUUCUGCAAGGCUGUAGCAGCCGACAAUCACAACAACGUCCUCCACGAUUUCAGCACAAUCGCUGAACACCGUAACUGGUUAACUGUCGGUUGCAGACGACUUCAUGGCUGUUCUAGUAAAUGUGAUCAGAAAGUGAAAGAAUGGGUGUGUAACCACCAAGCGGAGUGCAAAGCAAAGGCUAAGGGCAAGCAUGUUGUUCCUUACUACACUGCCAGUGUAUGUGGACAUGGAGCAGGGAAUAAUCCCCGACCAUGCGGAUGUAACGAGGGCGGAUUCGACAAAACAAGGAGAUGUCAACUGCAAUGCAUUAGUAAAAUAUUCAGUCAAGGACAGUUCGCAUUUCUAAAUUGUUUGAAUAAAUGUAUCGCAUAAUAAAUCAAUGAUUAAUUUAUUGCCCAACUGUUAUUUUUGAUAUGAAGAAAUACAAUUUUAAUGAGAUAUGUUAAUUUUAUAUGAAUAAAUGUUAUUUUUGUAAAAAAUAUUGUUUUAGUUUUAAGAUAGCAA